CGCUAUCGCCAUGGCGAAGGUCCAGCUGAUGGACCGCUCCGACACGGAGACCCUGGGCCAGUACGAAUCGCUGUUUGUGAAGCAGACCAAGAAGGGCUGCGUCCAGGAAUGCUUCGGCUGCGAGGCGACGAACGAGUUCAAGAUCUACCCUUCGGCCGCCGACGCAAAGGGCGCCGAGACCUACUACUCUCUGGAGGAGAGCGACUUUUGCAUGCGCUUUUGCUGCAAAAACAAUAGGGCUUUCACUCAGACAGUGUGGACGGGCACCAAGGAGUCUCACAGCGGCACGGUCAUGACCAUGUCAAAGGAAUUCUCGCUCAGCGCUGGGGCUUGCCUCUGCUGCUGCAACCCCGCGAUCACCUUCAAGGACGGGGCGGGCGACUCGCUCGGCGGGGCGAGCCUGCCGUGCUACGUAUGCCUGCCGAAGAUCAGCGUCUUCGAUCCGGCCGGCCAGGAGGAGUACAAGGUGCAGAUGCCAUCCUGCGUCGGCGGCAUGUGCAUCGACUGCUGCGCCGAAGGUCUUUGCAACUGCAAGGUUCCGUUCUACAUCUACCCUGCAGGCUCGUCGGGGGGCAAGGGCGAGGAGAUCGGCAAGAUUGUGAAGAUGUGGCGCGGCCUCGGUACCGAGGUCUUCACGGACGCCGACUCCUUCCAGCUCGACUUCCCGAAAGGCAUCGACGCCUCCGCCAAGGCGCGCAUGCUCGGGACGACGGCCUUCGUCAACAUGAUCUUCUUCGAGGAGGUAGGACAUUACGAAUCUUGAGGAUAACGGCGGCGGCGGCGGCGGAGGAGGUUGGCCCUAGGGGGGGACACGUGCAGCGUCGGGGGACGACGACACACGUGUUGCACGUCGCUCGCGCGCACUUCGCCACGUCCGGCUUAUCUUGUUCUGAUGUGCCGGCGCUUUCAAGGAAACAGAAGCGGCGAAAGCCGACGGUU